GUGCGCAUGAGUGGUCUGCGCAGUACCGGGAGUUUAUCUGGGCCUGGUGGAGACGAAUCUUACUGAAGGCUGCCAUGCAGGGCUCCGUGGUCCGGCGUACGCAGGAGUUGCUAGGGCGCGUGAUUCGAAAACCGCCUCUUACAGAGCGCCUUCUCAGCAAGCCUCCUUUCCGUUACCUGCACGACGUAAUCGGGGAGGUAAUUAGAUCAACUGGUUUCAUGAAAGGAUUGUAUACAGAAGCAGAGAUGAAAUCUGAUAAUGUUAAGGAUAAAGAUGCAAAAAUCAUCUUUCUUCAGAAAGCAAUUGAUGUGGUCAUCAUGGUGACAGGAGAGUAUUUGGCAGUGAAACCUGCACGUGUUGUUGCAGGACAUGAACCUGAAAGAACAAAUGAAUUUCUCCAAGCAAUUGCUAAAUGCUGUCUCAAUAAGCUUUCCAGUGAUGAAGCUGUUCAGAAAGUACUUGCUGAAGAAAAAGCUAUUAAAGAAAAGACACAAUAUUCAUCUAAAUCUCAAAACAGAGAAUCUAAAACAGAAGAAUGUAGAUAUCAUAAAGAGGGAAGAGGUGAUUCUGAAAUAAAAGACAAAAGCACGGUUCAGGAUCAAAAAAUCAAAGAAGAAUUGAAAGAGGAAGAAAGCAAGCAAAGAGAAAAUGAAAAAUAUAAAGAUUAUGAAAACCAUCCCAAUAAUUUUGAUAAAACUGUUAAUGAAAGUGAAAAAUAUGAAAAAGAGAGAAUCAAGAAUAGAUUAUCCAAAUCAGAAAGAGAGCCAGAAAAAAUUAGAAACAAAGAAAAAGAAGAAGGGGAAGGAGAAAAAGAAGAAUGUGAUAGAGAAAGAGACAAGGAAAGAAAAGAAUAUGAGGGAGGAAGAGAAAAAGACAGAUUACGAGAAAAAGAUAAACUUAGAGACAGGGAUAAAGAUUAUGAGAAAGUCCGAGACAGGGGCAAAGAAAAAGACAAACGGAGGGAAAGAGGUAAAAAUAUAGAAACAACACGAGAAGAAAGAAAAGACAAACCAGACAAAAAGCCCACAGGAUCUGAAGAGAAUGUUGCUAAAAAACUGGCAGAAAAGUCUAUAAAAGAUCAAGCUGAAUUUGAUAAAGAAAAUGAAAAUUCUGCAAGAUUAUCAAAGCAGCAGGCAACAAAAGGACCAAGACAGCGAAACAAAACUUCAAGUGAAGGUAAUUAAAAGAAUCCUCCUUGUUUUAUUUUUUCUUGAGAAUUUGGAGUAUGAUUCAAAACAUAACAGUUCCAAAUG